AUGCCUCCCAAACGCAAGCGUUCUGAGCAGGAUACUGAGCGCCUUUCUUUAGGUGCCAAGAUUGACUUAUUGGGCGACGUGAUGCCCGUCCCUUUUGAUCGUUUGAAGCGUGCUUUGGACAAGGCUCGCGAUGAGCGUGAGAGCGCUCGUCAGGCUCUUCGGGCUUCCAUGUCUCGUUUAGAGCGCGCUGAGAAGCAGACUUCCUUACUGGAGCGUCGUGGGGCUCUGAUGCUUCAUCGUAAGGCUCAGACGGUAGAGGAUUUGGAGGAGAUUGAGCGGCUCGAGACUUCCCGUAGAGCUGGGGAUGCCGCUGACCCUGAGGCUGAGGGUGGCGAUCGGCAUGCAAAGCGCUUGCGUGGCGAGUCCUCAGCUGAUACCUCUGUGGGUCCUACGAAUGUGGGUUCUCCUGGGGCUGGUUCUGCUGCGCCUCCUGAGACGUCGGAGCCGGUGGAUUUCGCGCGGAUGCCUGUCUUCUGGGAGGUUGAUCCGUUUUCUGGCGAGUUUGAUGUGUCGGCUUUGGACGGUCUGGAUUUCGGCGGUGGAAUUCUUUAA